AGAAUCCUUUUUCUCGCCGACUCAUUGAUUUGACGGCGUUAAUUCAACCCCCAAUCGAUCUUUCUUAUAAAUAGUGGUCUGCGCAGUGACCUCUGUUAAAUGGACUGAUUAUUCGUCCUCUUUUAAAAAAAAAAUAAAAAAAAACAAAAAUACUAUAGUAUUACUACUAUCUCGUUACUGUUGUUGUGUUCAACGGUACAUAUAUAUACUUAUACAAUUAUACAUGAUUGAGAGAUUGAGGAAUUUGAGAAUUAUUUGAAGGUGGCGAAUUCAAGCAAAAGUGGGGGCGAAAAUAGGGAGGAUUUAUUUGACGAUGGAAUGAUUAACAAUGCGUUGGAUUCGCUGUUGAUUUCUUCUGGCUUUAGCAGAGAGACAGAGAUGUCAGCCAUGGUCUCUGCUCUCUCUCACGUCGUAGCCGGCCGCGGCGGCACUGAGGUGCCGCCAGACGCCGGCGGUGCAUGCAAGAGGGCACGUGACGAUGCCGAGCCCUCCGAAUCUCUCGCUAGAUUUUGCAGAGGAUACACUGAUUUUCCUCUCCGAACUUCCAAUUUAGGAGAAACAAGCACGAAAGCAUCAUCAGGCGCGGCGGCAGCAGCAGCAAUCUACAGCUACACUCCGACAAAUAGAAAUUCACAAGAGAAUGCAUCGUCGUCGACGAGAAGAUACAGAGGCGUGCGGCAGCGGCCGUGGGGGAAAUGGGCCGCGGAGAUCCGCGACCCAUUCAAGGCGGCCCGGGUCUGGCUCGGCACGUUCGACUCGGCCGAGGACGCAGCCCGGGCCUACGAUGAGGCCGCGCUCCACUUCCGCGGCAGCAAGGCCAAGCUCAACUUCCCCGAAAACGUCAGCCUCGUCCACGCCGAGCCACCGCCGAGGAUCGCCGCCGUCUCGACAGCGGCCGACCCCAUUGUUCACACCGAGAAUCACCAGAAUGUGAAUCUUGGUGCUGGAUAUUUUACGCCUUUUUCGGUGGCGGAGGGAAGCCAGAGCAGCGGUGGCGGUGGCGGUGUGCCUGAAUUUUCUUGGGAUUCCGGCAAACGGUCUUCGUCUGGUUGAGAUAUUUCUUUUUGGUUUUGUUCUAUAGCUAGUGAGAUUGGAUUUACGACAAGAAUGAUUUCUUCAUAAUACUUCUGUAUUUCCAAAUGUAUUACGUCAACCACACAAACAGUAUACUCCUUUUCUUGUAACCAAGGUGAUCUAUUUUUUUUCA